CUUACGAACCGCACACAAUAGCUAACCUUUAAGCGCAUUUGUGAUAUUUUUUUAUCAAGUGAACGAGAUUGGGACGGUGCGGGGGUCGUGCAUUGGGUGGAAAAGUUGACUUUGCGCGCUUCAAAGGAAGUAGCCUGUAAUCAAAUGAGCUUCAGGAUAGAUGCGCUCUUCCUAACUUUUCUCAUUUAGUGCAAGACCAGUUCGUGGAUUGAUCAACAUAUUGCCUCUGCCAGUAGCCUAUAUUUGACUGUUUCCUCAUGCUUUGUUUAGAAAAUGACUUGAAUGAAAACGGUAAUUGAGGUAAACUGGUGUUUAUUCAGUUAUUAUUAUUAUUUUAAAAAAGAAAGACCAUUCACGGCUUCUGAUAGAUAUAGACUAGAUUAUUUAAAUUAGCAUUAUAGAGGGAGGUGACAACCAGAUAUCACAUUGGUGGACAUCAUCGAAAACAGUACGCAUUUGCGCAGGGGGGACAACGAAAGCCCUCUGCAGGACUAUGGAGACGGAAGGUUCACCAGAUGGGUACCGUGCUAGUAACGGAGAUUGCCCUCCCAGGAAGGAGAACUCUAGAAUGUCGGUGGACCUGUCGGCAAACACACCCAACGGACAGGAGCCUCAGGGUCCUAAGUCGCCCAGCGAAGUGACCAUCAAGAAGGAAGAGGGCACGGGAGACGAAGCAGACGGGAAAAGCACAGCACCAGACGACAUGACCCAUAGUGGGGAGGAAGGAUCGGGAUUGGAGGAGCCCAUGAUUGACAGCCCCAACAACCUACAGGAUGGUGUGUCUGGGUCCGAUGGCGUAAGCGACGCAGACAAUCGGCUACAAAAUGGCGAUAGGCCGUUCCAGUGCAACCAGUGUGGGGUCUCCUUCACCCAGAAGGGAAAUCUUCUGAGGCACAUCAAGCUGCACACGGGUGAAAAGCCCUUCAAGUGCCCCUUCUGCAGCUACGCCUGCAGACGCCGUGACGCACUGAGCGGCCACCUGCGCACACACUCAGUUGGCAAACCGCACAAGUGCAACUACUGCGGACGCAGCUACAAACAGCGCACGUCUCUGGAGGAGCACAAGGAGCGUUGCCAUAGCUACCUGCAGAGUGUUGGCAUGGAUCCCACCUCUAACUCAGGACCUUACCCAGGUGAAGCCACCAAAGAGCACAGGCCCCCGGCAGAGGCCUCUGUCAUGGCAACCUUUGAUCGUCCGCCCGUCAUCGAGAGGCUGCAGAGCAAUGUGGGGAAGAGGAAGAGCAGUAAUCCCCAGAAGUUUGUUGGUGAGAAGAUGGUGCGCUAUAGCUACCCUGAGCUAAACUAUGAGAUGGGUAUGAAAUAUGAAAAGGAAGCUGAGAUGAUGCAGGCCCACAUGAUGGACCAGGCUAUCAACAAUGCCAUUUCCUACCUGGGCACCGAUUCCAUCAGGCCUCUUGUCCAUCACCCUCGCCCACACCCCCAUCCCGGCACUCCCCUCUCCAUGGCAGAGGUAGUGCCCAUGGUCAACCCCCUCUUCUCCCAUGUGUACUCCACCAUGGGGCCCCGCAUGGAGCGGCCCAGCAGCCGUGACGUCCCACACAUGCCCGUGCCCCUGCCUCCCCCUGACUAUCCCCCCUCCUCCAAUGGUCCAGUGUCCUUGACCAGGCCCAAACACCCCCCAGCCGUCCGGGGGGAAUCGCCUAGCAACAGUGGCUUGGACUCAGCCGACUCCGCCCGCAGCAGUCCCCAGGAGAGGCUGGGUUACCAUGCCAACCUGCCCCAUCCCAGGUCCCGGCCCAGUCCAGUUUAUGGCAGAGAGGAGAGGCGGGCGGCCGAGGCAGGCCUGGCACCGGAGGUGUUGAGAGGGGGUGGCGAGCGCCCUGUGAGCCAGGACGGUGUGCGUGUGAUUGGGCGUCAGGGCCAGGAAGUCCGGGUGUUCCAGUGUGAGCACUGUCGUAUCCUUUUCCUGGACCACGUCAUGUAUACCAUCCACAUGGGUUGCCAUGGCUACAGAGACCCCCUGGAGUGCAACAUCUGCGGCCAUCGCAGUAAGGACCAUUAUGAGUUCUCUUCCCACAUUGUGCGUGGGGAACACACCUUCCGGUAAAGAGAGGGUGGGAGAGAGGGAGGAGAGAGGAGCCAUAGUCCGUCCCCAACACAUACAUAAUCUCCAGGAAGGAAAAACGGAAACUUUUGUAGCAAAAUAGUUACCUGUGAUUUUUAUGAUGAAUCAAACAAUUAUAUGAAGGUCUGGGCCAAAUACACAGUUCAUUUUUCUAUGGUGGGUGAAUCUGUACUUGUUAUUUGUGUCUACAUGUAUUUUUUAUUUUGAUUUGAAAGCAAAAAGAAGACAUUUACUUUGCUGUGAUGUGCGUGUGGAUGUAACAAAGUGGCUUUAACUAGGAUUCGAUAAGGACAGUCAUUUAUAUCUUAAUAUCUCCACUCUCUCUGCUCUGCUGGUGCUCAAGGGCUUUACACCUGGCCUCAUGUCAGUUCAGUCCACACCUGACCUGAAAUGGACACACACCAAAUCUGGGGUCUACCAGCACAUCAUGGCAUUUCAGGUUCACAUAAUGGCCCUGGGAAUGAAGAGGACAUCUUCUCUCAAGCUGGUUCAGAGCUCGGUACCAGCAGCUACAUGUCAAAGAAUAUUGAGAUUCACCAGGCAUAUGUUGCCUAGUUGACAUGCUAUUGUUUCUUUAGUAUGUAUGUGUGCGUGCGUGCAUGCGUGCGUGCGUGCAUGUAUUUGCAUGCACUGUGGAAAAGGAUACUGCUUGGCACAGUACGCUGUGCACUUUAGUAUGUAGCACUGCUGGGGAGGAAACUCAGCCUAUCCACAAUUGAAAUGCCAAUGUUGGAUUAUCUUGGUGCACUUGGACAUAUGCAUAUGUAUUCUGCUCUUAAAAAAACAGUUUCGCUGACAAACAAAAUGUACUGUUGCACUGGUGAUCAUGCAGUACAUCGUAUUUUGUCAUAAAUUAGACUCUACUUUAUCUGUUUUCAUCCUGGUGGUCUUAGCUAUCUCAUGGGGGCAAUUCUUUCAAUGUGUUGUGUGGAAGGUUAUUGUGUUUGAUCAAGGCAGCUCUUUUCAGUUUACAUCUCAGCGAUAUUGACAAAAGUAUAAAGUUAUACUGCUAUGGCAACUGCUUACAGUUACCGUCAAUCAAGUAUUGGCACUGGAACUUGUUUACAGUUUGUAACACUCCACAUUCAUUUAAUGCAUUAUUGUUUUAAGGGGUUUGUCCUGUAGUUUUAUAUUUAAUCACGUCUAAUUUAGACUAAAUGUGUAUUAUACUGUAUUCAAACUAACAUUAUACCAUAUUACAAUAUUACAGAUCUGACAUUCUGUUUUAAGGACUUCCCUAUUUACAUGAAGGGAACACUUUGAUGACAAGGUGAAGGUCAUUCAUAAUAUGAUUUAGACAGCUACACUCUAAGGAACAUAUCUAUUGCCUGGGCAAGUGAGAGUUUACAGAAAACAGUGACAACAUAAAUCUUUGUGUGUGUGUGGUGUGUGUGUGUGUGUGUGUGUGUGUGUGUGUGUGUGUGUGUGUGUAUGAAGGGCUUUUAGCUGGAAUGCACUCUUAGCUUAUAAAGUGUUCUACUCUCCUAUACAUACAUCAGGAGCUACACUCAUGUUUAGGAAUAUCAUAGCCUAAUCAUCAACAAAAAAAAAAGUGAUGUUACACACUCCUUACUAGGAUACUUGAAGCAUCAUGAUUGAUGAUUUUGAUCAAAUAUCUAUAAACACCUAUUUUCUUUGUCAAUGUAAAAUAGGAAUUGGAAUAUUGUGUUUCUACUCUUAAGUACUAACCAUUGAAUUGUUAAAAGAAUGGUUUGGAAUGUAUUUUUGUAUAAAAUAAUAUAUGAGAACAAUGUAUAUUUUGGCACAUUGAAGUUGUGAAAUGAUUUGACGUUGAUGAUUACUGAUGUGGGGGCUCUCAGGUAUCUGUUGCCUAUGUGCUUUUGUAUGACUUUUGAGGUCUAUAUAGCUCCAAAAAUAUAUAUAAUUCCUAUAUUUGGACAUUUUGGGUAACUUUCGAUGAAGCGAUAUUGUUAUUAUUGUGAUAUUGAAACAAAUGUAUAUGGAGGAGAGUUCUUUGGUAUUACCGAAAUCCAUCCAUUUACAUGAAGAUACUGUGCUGUACAUAGUUGAAUGUUUGUUCAAAUGGCAUUGGCUUUUCUCUAUUAAAGUAUUCAUUUUACUUUG